AUGGGAGGUAGGGCACCUAAGACAAUUAUAACAGAUCAAGAUAAAGCUAUGUCAAAUGCAAUUGGAAAGGUUGUUCCUAAUACUAGCCAUCGUCUAUGCUUGUGGCACAUUGCAAAAAAUGCUCCAUCUCACUUGGGUAGCUUGAACUCAAAUGAUGAAUUUCAGAGAUUAUUUCACAAAUGCUUACAAGGAUGUGAGUCUGAAGUAGAGUUUCAGCAAACAUGGGAUGAAAUGAUGGAUAAAGAUUUCUUUUCAGCUGAAAUCAGAGCUUCCCAACGCAGUGAAAGCACCAAUCAUGUACUCAAUGGUUUAUCAAACAAAACAACAUCUUUAAGUAAAUUUGUGCUUGCUUUUGAGAAUCAUGUAGCCGAUUGGCGUUCAGCUGAGGCGUCAUUAGAUUUUGAUUGCAAACAAGGAGUGCCUUGUUGUGUAGUCAAAACUAGUUCUAUCUUGAAUCAUGCUGCCCAUAUCUAUACAAUAAUAAGAAUUUUCAAGAUGUUUGAGCAAGAAUUUCUUAAUAGUGUUGCGAAAACUUCAGAAGAAAUUUCUUAUUGCAAUAAUACUUGCACUUAUAAAGUGACAGAGCAGCAUAAAAAAUUAAGAACACGAAUUGUUGAGUUCAAUGUGGAAACUUUGGAAAUUAAUUGCAGCUGUAAAAAAUUUGAAGCCAUGGGAAUCUUAUGCUCACAAUCACAUGCUCUACGAGUUUAUAUUAUCAGGGAUAUGGAGAAAAUUCCUGAAAAAUAUAUACUAAAUAGGUGGAGCAGAAAUGCAAAAAGUAGAUUGUUUGAUUUUAAGGAAGUAGAUUCUCCUACUCAUUCAGCCAUUGAGACAGAGAGCAUGUUUCGAAAUUCUAUGGUUCGAAGUGCAUAUGCCCUUAUACUAAAAAGUCAAGGAAAUGAGGCUACAAGACAAGCUUGUUGUGAUCUUUUACGUAAGGAUAAUGCACAAAUACAGAGUAUGUUGGCUAAGAUGACAAUAAAUACAAAUGAUAUGGGAGAUGAAAUGCAGGCAAAAGAAAGUAAUAUUGUUGGACAACAUGAAGAAAAUUAUUGUGAACCCUCCAAUUACAAAAACUAA